CCUUGUCACGUGACUCAAUGUUUUGCUCCUCGAACCGGAUGUGCAGGAGACGCUCAUCUCUUAAUGGAGGCAGUUUAAUAUCACAUUUGUUUUAUUAGAAAAAUGACAACGUAGGAGCAGCGACCUUCUCCAGUCGCACCUCUGACUUCCUCGGUCGACGUUACUUUUUAGGCAACAGGGUGACGCUUUCAGCGACCGGUGAAAGCUUUCGUUAGCCAACUAGCAUUAGCACUAGUGCGUUAGCAUGGCGACGGCGGUGGACAGCUUCCCGCUCCUGUACAGAGAGAUCUCUCGCUCCUGCAGCUCCUAUUUCGAGACCCUGGCGCUGGUGGGCGCGCUGUACGCGGCCAGCAGGGCGGUGCGGCUGCUCAGGGACUGCUGCACGCUCGUCAGGGUGCACUUCCUGCCGAGGAUGAUCCCGAGCAAGAAGCUGACGCAGAGAUACGGAGACUGGGCGGUCGUGCACGGAGGAUCCGAGCCUGUGGCCAAGGCGUACGUGGAGGAACUGGCCAAGCACGGCAUCAGCAUCAUCUUCAUCGCCGAGGACCACGCGUCCGUCGGAGACACCGCCGCGUCUCUCUCCCAGAGCUACGGCGUGGAGACCGUCGUGGUCCUCGCCGACUUCUCCCGGGACCGGGCGGCCAGCAAGUGCGUCAAAGACGCCGUGAGGGGGAAGGACGUCGGCUUCCUGGUGACCUGCGUGGACGAGUCUCUGACCUUCCCCCAGAGCCUGUUUGAAAUCCCCGAGCAGAACCUGCUGGACCUGGUGAAUAAGAACGUCGCGGUGGCCACGCUGAUGGCCCGCCUGGUGCUGCCCGGGAUGCUGGAGCGCAGCAGGGGUGCCGUGGUCAACAUAUCGUCGGGCGCCUGCUGCAGACCUCUGCCCGGACGGGCGGCGCUCACGGCCUGCACUGGCUACCUGGAUCAUUUCUCCAGAGCUCUUCACCUCGAGUACAGCAGCAAAGGGAUCUUCAUUCAAAGUCUGAUUCCGUUCCAGAUCGCCUCAAGCAGGAUACAACCAUCCACAUCCGAGUUGACGUCAUCAGGAGAAAGCUGGCUUAUGCCCAAACCGGACGUGUACGCUCGCCACGCCAUCUCCACCCUGGGCGUCUCUCACAGGACCACCGGCUACUGGCCUCACACGCUGCAGUAUGGAUUCAUGAGGUAUAUUCCAGAGUGGAUUUGGAUUCUCGGAUCUCGCCUGCUCAUCAGUUCAAGCUAGAAGUUCACUUCUUAAUCUGGUUACUGGAUCUUUCGGUUACCGGAGUCACGUGUAGAGUUUUAAUUUAGUUUCCUCCGGGAUUCGUAAAGAGUAGAUCUGUCGCAUUGAAUCCCAGGCUCUGUCGAGCACUGUAGUUGUCUGGAUUCUCUCCUACCAGUUUGAAAUAGACACAUUUUGGUCCGUUAAUUGACCAUGAUGUGACGAAAAAAUUUCCGAAUUCACCAUAGAAACCAGACGACCAGAUAAUAAAUGUCUCUACAGUUCAGACGUGUGCAGCGCCGGAGACGACACUCAUGACAUCAUCUGGUUUUGGUGCCUGGACUUUGAAUAGCAUGAGCCUCCAUAAAGUUCCAACCCAUUGGACUAUUGGAUAAGAGGGGAUUUCAAAUGCCAAGUCUGAAUUGUUUUAGUUUUUCUUCAUUAAAGUUGAACAAUGAAAUACUUGGAUGUUAUAAAAAGAAAAAAAACUGAGUAUAGAAGUUGCAUGUAAGAUCAAACGCCUCGCCUCUAGACCGAACAAUACAAUUGAACUAUAAAAAACAAAAUCUUAACAGAUGAAUCGUCCUGCGGGUGAUCUGAUUUGAACCAAAGGGGUUUCAGAAACAUUUUAAGGAAGCUCUGGUUUUCACUGUGGGUUUUUUUUGUUUCCUUUUGUGGUAAGCUAACUUUCCAGUUUAUCCAGGAUGUGCUGAUUUUCACCUGCAGUGAUCACACACCCAUUUGCACAAGUUACAGAGACAGACUGUUCACUUAUAGGUCAUAUUCUUGCUUUAAUUAAUACAAAUUCAAAUACCAAAUAUAACCAAAUACCAAUCUGGAUUAUGACCAAUCUAAAAGAUAAACCGUAACAUAUUCUCGUAAUGUAAGAAUGUCUUCCUGCUCUGAACGAAGCGCGAGUUCAGAUGAAACCAUCAUGUGCCAGAAGGUUAUUAUACAUUCUGUUUUUCUUUUUAAGGAGUGUGUGUUUGAAUGAGGAGCUGAUAUUUUUAUGACAGUGAAAAAAAGUCUGUCGUCUCCAGCACUAAAAGUAAAAUGUUUUGUUUUCGUUGAGAAACUAUAUUUGAGAUUCGCUCGCUAUAUGUAAAUGUUGCUGUAAAUGUAUAAGAGCAGAAUCAUAUGUGUUGUGCUUACUGUGUUGAAUCAUGCACUACAAUAUACAGUGUAAAACAUUCAAUGAUAUUGUACAAAAACAGACCAUAGCUGUAAGUGUUCACUUACAUAUAUUUCAUCAUAGCAGAAAAUGAGACCAAUAAACUCUUUCGUCACUCCUA